CAAGCAUGGAGUGCUGAGGUCAACCAUACACCGAAAUUGCUGUGAAAAUAUCAAGGUAUCGUUCUUAAAUCUGGGUUAUCAACCGAGCUACGUCUCAAGUCUAUGCCCUGGGUACCAUUGGUUGCAUCUACUUAUCAAGAUGUUGUAUUUCUAUUGGAAUCGAUGUAUUAUUUGUGAAUGAUGACGAAAGGCAGCUGCAACUUCAGUUGAUGACAUAAUAGCCAAUAACGUUACCAUGUACCUACGAAAACUAGGGGUUCUAGUUACCACCUUUAUCUAGUCUUCAUCAUUUCACAUUACCUGAACGAUGUCAGCUACGGCCAAACUGCUUCCUCUGUGGGCACCAAGUGUAUGCAGAUUUGCACACCAUGUGCAUCCUGUGGCGCAACACAGCUGGAUCCCUGCAAUGCAGUAUUGUUCCUCAACCAUUCCAACCAGGAUGAACCCCAUAGACAUCCAGAUGCUUUACAAACCCCUUCACGACCAGAUUUUCAAACAGGAGCCGACAUAUCCAACAGAAGACGUUGAGAGGAGCGUUCAUCAUCUUAAGACACAUGACUUGUGGGGAAAGGAGACAUCAGCUCUUCCAGAAGUUGACUUUAAGUUGCCAGACUUACUGGGGAGUAAUAUUGAUGAACAUUUCAAGGAGAUAGCGAAACAGCAGAGUAAGCCGUAUUUGGAUGCUGCCCAGGUGAUCGCAAAUAGUCGUCUCCCCACAAUGCCUCGGGAGUGGAGGUGGUCCAGAGGAUGGACCAAGUAUGAUGCGACUGGUCAUGUGACUACAGUGGACUACCCUGAUGAGGAGGCUAUAGUGUUUGAUGUGGAGGUGUGCAUGAGUGAGGGGGACUUCCCCACACUAGCAACAGCAGCAUCACCCAAUGCCUGGUAUUCAUGGGUGAGUGACAGACUGCUGGAGGACCACUAUAGCUGGUCCCCUCAUCCGACCUUAGAUGACCUCAUCACCAUGGAGACCGCAGUGAGAUCCAUCAAGCCUGGUGGUGAGGACUGGAGGGAGAAGAUUGUGAUUGGUCAUAACGUCAGCUUUGAUAGGAGUUACAUUAAAGAGCAAUAUUUCAUGAAGGGUCCUAAGACCAGGUUUCUGGACACCAUGAGUCUACACAUGGCUAUCUCUGGCCUGACCAGCUUCCAGAGAAUCCUGUGGCUGGCUAGUAGGGCAGGGAAGAAACAGGGUCUGAAGGAUGUCAGGGAGUAUACCAGCAAGACAAGGAAACAGUUUAAAGGGCAGGGGAUUGGAGGCUGGGACUGGCUUAAUGUAAGCAGCAUCAACAACCUGGGAGACGUCCAUGUUUUAUACACAGGAGGCCCCAAACUGGAGAAAAGUGAGAGGGACGUCUUUGUGAAGGGCACCCUGCAGGAUGUCAGAAACCAGUUUCAGGAGCUGAUGACAUAUUGUGCCAGAGAUGUGAGAGCCACACAUGAAAUCUUCAGCAUGCAGCUGCCCAUGUUUCUGGAAAGGUUCCCUCACGCUGUAACUCUGGCAGGUAUGUUGGAGAUGGGUCAGUGUUACCUGCCUGUGAACAGUAACUGGGAGCGGUACCUGCGGGAUGCUGAGGACACCUUCCAGGAGCUGCAGAAGGAGAUGAAGCUGUCCCUCAUGCACCUGGCUAACGAUGCCUGCCAGCUGAUGCACAAUGACAGAUACCAGGAGGACCCAUGGCUGUGGGAGUUAGACUGGUCCACCCAGGAGCUCACAUUGAAGAAGGAAACAAGUGCCAAGAAGAAGAAGAUUAAAGUUGAGAAGACUGAUGAAGGUGAAGACCAGAGAGUUAAACCUGAGCGGAAAAGUACAAAGAAAAAGAAGAAGAAAGGUAAGAAAGAGGAAGCUGAGGAGGCUGAAGAUCAGGAGGAAACAGAGGAGGACCGGAUCCAGAGAGUGCUGGAGACUGCAGACAGACUGCCUAAGAUUAAGAGGCACAUGCCCGGAUAUCCUGCGUGGUACCGAGACCUGUGCCCCAAAGUGACCGGUGCCUGGUCUCCUGGACCAAACCUGAUCAGUGCACAAGCACGAGUCACCCCCAAACUGUUACGGCUCCGCUGGGACGGCUUCCCGCUGCACUACGAGGCCAGCCAGGGCUGGGGGUACCUGGUUCCUGGCAGAACAGACAACAUGAAUGGCACAGACAAACAGGAUGGGGAGAGGAAUUUCCCUACCAAAGCAGUUUUGGAUGCAUACAAGGAGUACUUGAAGCAGAGAAGGGACACUAGGGACAAAGAGCCACUUGACCAAAGGUACAGUGGCUGGGCCAAUGAUGACAUGUGGGACCACAUCAUGGACCUGUCACAGAAAGCCAAGGGGGAGGGGAAUGGGGAAAUGGAGGAGGCUCCCAUCUAUGAUUCGAGUGUCCUGUACAGUAAUGGAGAGAGUGCGCCUGAGUUCCACCGAGGGGCGGGGCCUUACAAUGACGUGGACCUGCCUGGGGUGUGGUUCUUCAGACUUCCUCACAAGGAUGGAGCCAAGUUCAAGGUGGGAAACCCUUUAGCUAAGGACUACCUGAACAAGAUGGAGGACGGCACCCUGACCGCUGCUGCAGGGGGUCCAGCCAACAGAACUCUGGAGGUCAAUAAGAUGGUGUCCUUUUGGAGAAACGCACGGGACAGGGUCAUGUCACAGAUGGUGGUGUGGCUCAAGAAGAAAGAGUUACCACGUAUCGUCUCCAGAAAUCCUGACUAUGAGGAGGAGGGGUCAUAUGGAGCAAUCAUUCCCCGAGUCGUCACGGCUGGUACAGUCACACGCAGGGCUGUGGAGCCAACAUGGCUGACAGCAAGUAAUGCCAGGCCUGACCGAGUAGGGAGUGAGCUGAAGGCCAUAGUUCAGGCUCCACCUGGCUAUCACUUCAUUGGUGCAGAUGUGGACUCACAGGAGCUGUGGAUCGCUGCAAUUCUGGGGGAUGCAAACUUUGCGGGUUUCCAUGGUUGCACUUCCUUUGGCUGGAUGACUCUACAGGGGAAGAAGAGCAGUGGAACAGACCUGCACAGCAAGACAGCCUCCACCAUCGGUAUAAGUAGAGACCAUGCAAAGGUGUUCAACUAUGGCCGCAUCUACGGAGCAGGGCAACCGUUUGCUGAGAGGCUGCUGCUUCAGUUCAACCACCGUAUGACCCAGGAGGAGGCUGGGGAGAAGGCCAAGCAGAUGUACGCUGCCACCAAGGGGGUUCGGGAAUAUAAACUAACAGAAGCAGCCCAACAGGCCUUGUCAGAGCUGGGAGGAGUGACACAGUCAGGGACAGAGUGGGUCUCCCUGGCUGAGGUGCGCAGCUUGUCCAGGACUGUCAAGAAGAAGCUGUUCCUGGGUUCAGUAAACAUUUCAGGCCAGUUGGACAUCAUUGCUGGUAGACGUUGGGUAGGUGGGACUGAGUCGGAAAUGUUCAACAAGUUGGAAAGCAUCGCAAACUCUGCAGAACCGCGUACGCCUGUUCUGGACUGCCGCAUCAGUAGAGCCCUGGAACCUGCCUAUGUUAAGGGUGAGUUUGUCACCAGUCGUGUAAACUGGGUUGUCCAGAGUUCAGCUGUGGACUACCUGCACCUCAUGCUGGUGUGUAUGCGCUGGCUCUUCGACAAGUACAACAUUGAUGGGCGCUUCUGCAUCAGCAUCCAUGAUGAGGUACGCUACCUUGUGCAGAGUGAGGACAGGUAUCGGGCAGCCCUGGCCCUACAAAUCACCAACCUGCUGACACGGAGCAUGUUUGCCUACAGACUGGGCAUGAAUGAUCUACCUCAGUCUGUAGCCUUCUUCAGUGCUGUGGAUGUGGACACCGUCAUGAGGAAAGAGGUGAACAUGGACUGUAAAACCCCCUCCAACCCACAUGGACUCACCCGGGGGUAUGGCAUUCCACCAGGAGAUGCUCUGGACAUCUACCAAAUCCUGGAGAAAACGAACAGCAGCUUGAGAAAAGAGGAUCAGCAAAAAGAGAAGAAACCAAACAAAAGGGUUUCUGUAGGACAAUAAAAUCCUUUUCGUUAAUUUUUAAGGAAGUAAGGAAGUAACUAGUUUUUGUACAACAUUUUUUAAUUGUAUAAAAGAAGAAGAAAUCAAAGACAUUGAAUGUAUGACAGAACCCUUGAAGGUGAAGCUUUAUUUGCAGGAGCACAAGAUCCUGCACCUCGACUAACUGUGUGAAUAUGCGUACACCUUAGUGGAAGGAGGAGGGUGGUUAGCCUUGUAGUGGUCAAGUGCUUUCUGGGCUAUCUCUGGUCCAGCAGGGGCCAGGUUAAACGGGCUGAGGCUGUUGUCCAAGGGGAAGGUGUAGGUCUCCCCGAACAUUGUAACUGUCACGUCAACACGGCUGUAAGCUCCAGUGGUGAAGUCCAUGGAGGUUCCAUCCACCAUCAGCUGCAGUAAGAAAGAUAUGAUGAGAAAUUGAUCGGAAUGCAGAGUUCCCUUUUACAUUUGCAGGUGGCGGAUUUCUUUCUUUUAUGAGCUUUGACUUGUAGAGAAAGAAGGUGAUGCUCAACAUAUGUUUUGCAGGAAAAAUAUUGAAUUUGUUUGAAAUAAAAACAAAUUGUAUAUUGA